CCUAUUGCUUUCUUCAAAGUUGUAGGCUUUGGUGGUUGCUUUGAUUGUAUGAUGCAUUUUACUCUACUGGGUAUCAAUUAAUUUUGAGAAAUAUGUGAUCUGUGAUAGAGAUAUUGAAAAGGAUCAUUUUGAUUGGUGUGUGCUGUUGAAGUAAGUCUCUUUGACUGAUUUCUUGGACUUUUAAUUUGAAGUGUUGUCAUUGAUUCUUGAAGCUAAAUGUCGUAAGACAAGAAGAACUUGAAUGUUUUAGGAAAAAAUUGUGUUGUGGUUUACUCUUCUGUUCCUGAUUUUUGGAUAUUGUGGAAUCAAAUAACUGCCAUGUUGAUCUCUUUUUUUUUAUUUUUUGUUUUCUUUUGGCAAAUAUGUCUCCACCGACACUAUCUUCACCUUGGAAACAGAAGCUGUAAACGUGUGCUGUCGUUUCUUUUUUUAUUUCCUUCGCUUAAACUUGUGUCUGAUGUUGUAGGGCUGGAUUAAAUUGCAGAGUGUUAUUCUAUGUUGUUUUGGGCCACAUUUUUUAUAGUUCUAUAUUGCACAAGUUUUGGUGCCAAUUGCUAGCAAGCUUCGUUUGAUAAAUUUUGGCGGUCAUUUGAAGUUAUAAUUGUUUUUUUGUCAAUGGAUUUGGGCUACUUUAAUUUACAAGUCAAGAUGAUUUGCUUUGUCAUAAAUAUUAAUCAAGAAAUCUUGGACCAGGAUUUGGACAGAGCCUGAAAGAACAAAUUUAGAAUCCGAGAAUUGUAAUCAGAAGCUUGUAAGUGCAUAUCAGGCUUUUAUUUAAAAACAUAUGGACAAGCUUAAUGUUGUGUUGCGCUAUGUGGCAUUGAGGUAAUUCAGAAUGAAGUAUGGCUAGUUGGUGGUCAAGCAUUAUUUUAAUGUAUUUUUAAUUGAAAAACACCCUUCACUGCAAUGCUAAAAAUUCUCUGACACAUCAGUUAUGACAUUUCAGUGGUUGAUCGAUAAUUUAUGGGAAUAAGAAUUUUUUAUUGUUUAAUUUAGCUAUGGAUUAUCGUAUCUUAAAAGCAGUUUUCUUCAAAUAUAUAUAACUUGUGAUUUAUAAAUGCAAACCGGAUGGGAGAAUUUAUUGCUGAAUGUUAGUGUCGCUGUCCAUGGACUUUCUUUUAUACAAUUGUCAUAUUUGCCAAGGAAAGAAGGUUGAAAAUCAUACAUCCAUUAACAGUCUAGGGCAAAUUUCAAAUACUCAGUAUGAUAUCAGUGCCCUAGAUAGUAAAAUUUCAAAUAUAGAGAUGAAACUAGCAGCUGCUAAGGCAGAGCAGCGAUCUUUGUUAAGUGGCGAUACUGCAUCAGGAAACUCGAAAAGAAAAUACUUUAUGGUAAUUGGAAUCAAUACAGCUUUUAGCAGUCGGAAACGGAGGGAUUCUGUUCGUACAACUUGGAUGCCACAAGGUGAGGCAAGAAAGAAAUUGGAGAAGGAGAAGGGUAUAGUCAUACGCUUUGUUAUAGGUCACAGUUCGACUGCUGGUGGCAUUCUUGACAAAGCUAUUGAAGCAGAGGAGAUGGUGCAUGGAGAUUUUUUGAGACUGGAACAUGUUGAGGGCUACCUGGAACUAUCAGCCAAGACAAAGACUUACUUUAGCACCGCUGUUGGUUUGUGGGAUGCGGACUUUUAUAUCAAAGUUGAUGAUGAUGUUCAUGUGAAUUUAGCAACAUUGGGCACAAUCUUAGCUGGACACCGAAAGAAACAUCGGGUUUAUGUCGGUUGUAUGAAGUCUGGUCCUGUACUUUCUAAAAGGGGAGUGAAAUAUUACGAACCAGAGUAUUGGAAAUUCGGAGAAGCUGGAAACAAGUAUUUCCGACAUGCUACUGGACAACUUUAUGCUAUAUCAAAGGAUUUGGCUACCUAUAUAUCUGAAAACCAGCACAUAUUGCAUAAAUAUGUCAAUGAAGAUGUUUCUCUGGGAUCUUGGUUUAUCGGUUUAGAUGUGGAGCACGUUGACGAUAAGAGAAUCUGUUGUGGUACUCCACCAGAUUGUGAGUGGAAGGCUCAGCUUGGCAGUGUCUGUGCUGCUUCAUUUGAUUGGAAAUGUAGCGGGAUUUGCAGGUCCGUUGAGAGAAUGGUGGAAGUUCACAGGACAUGUGGUGAAGAUGUAAAUGCUCUAGAGCAUGCAAGCUUCUGAGAGAUCAGAUACCAUCCCUCCAAACUCAGAAAGGGCAACUUGGGGAAGUAGGUUGUAGAGCUGUGUGUAAUAUACUAAUAGAAAUUUUAGAGUUACAGUCAAGGAGAGUAGAGAUCCUUGCUGCUUCAAGGGCCCUUGUCCAUAGGAGGCCAGCCCUAGAUGGUGGUAAGACAGUAAAAGGAGAGGCUGUAACAAACUAACUUUCAUUCUUUGAAUGGUUGGAGGACUGUUUAGUUGGUUCUCUGCCAUGACUGCUGAUAGCAAACAACAAGUUAGAAUAAUCUUUAUGAUGGACAGCUUUUGCUUUAUGGAUCAAUACAAUAUACAACAGAGUAAAAAAUCCUUGUUGAGUUUUUCCUUCA